GCGGAAGCGGCAGCUCAGGAAGAGCUCAAGCGGAGGGAAAUGAGCCGCCAGGCUCUUCCUCGCUCCUUCAAAGCGCUGCCUCUUACAGGAAUUCGCGCCUUGUAAUGUAGGUCUUAUUCCAAGUUGGGGGUGGGGAAGGGAUAUGUCGGUUUGGCGAGUAAAUAUAUAUAGAACGCUGUGUAUGUGCAGCGUUCUCCGCCUUUUUUAUCGACAACUGUCACUCCUGUCUCAGCGAGACAAAAAAAAAGGCGCUAAAGGGAACUCGGAAAUUAGAAGCUUUGUGUAAGUCUGUAUUAUGAUGUCUAUUGUUUUUACCGUUUGAAAGCAGUCGAGGUGCGUUCAGGCAGCAACUUAGACACCUCAGACUGUCGUUUCCUCUCGUAAGCCUUCUUGAGACUCCUAAACAAGCAUUUUGUCAUUUCUGCAUAAACACAGGUUGGGCAGGGCCUGUAUGAAAGCAGCCUCUUUGAACAGGCAAAUCAGGCAGUACGGUUAUCCCCUUUUUGAGGGUGGGGAGAGGAGGGGGCGGGUUUGUUUACCAUGAGAUGUCAUAGGUAAACAGAUAGGGAAAGCGGAAGUAGCGUUUUGGGGGUCCUCCUGCCAUGGCUCCGACUUCCGUCGCGCGUCGGCUACGUACAGGUCAUCACGUGAUUAUUUGUUUUUCUGUGAGUUGUUAAACCUGCUGGUUCUGCGUCUGGGACUCUUAGCUGCCCAACGAGCUCCUAAUUUCGUUGUUGUCGUUUUUACAAAUGUAUAAAUGCUUGCAAAGAUUGUAUCUUCUUGUUAUUCUUUACAUGCUGUCGUGGCUCUUUAGAAAAUACGCAGAAGGGGACUGUUAAUAUUUUUAUUAUUUCUUAAAUUAGUAUACUGCCCUUCAUAAAAAGAUCACAGCGCGCAUCACAGCAUAAAAAUACAAAAUGAAAAUACAAAAUACAUAAUAAAAUAACCAACAAACUAUUAGCAUCCUUCCCAAAAACACAUCCAAGAGCCCACAAAAUGUUCAUUCAGCUAAAGACCUGGGUAACAGAGAAACAUUUUGGUCUGGCGUCUAAACUGAUGAGGAAUAUCGACUGGAGGCAAAAGCAGGGUUGGCAAGGGAUGCAAACUUCUUCUUUUUUACCAUUGCAGAAGAAGCCAACGCCUUUGAUUCUCCUCUGUGAAAAUUCUCACACAAGGUUUGAUUAAAUCCUAAACCAGCUUACUUAUAACUUUCCCUAGUGUUCCUCCGUAGUAAUGCAUGUAUAUGGAUUGCAGUCUUAAGACUACUUGUGUGAGCACCUCUUUGCACGGGUAAACCAGCUACAAUAACACCUGCACCUGGCAGGUUGAACCACAGAACUUGAUAUUGCUGUUGGACUGCCCCAGUCAUCUGAGUCAAAACCUGUAGCUUAAGUUCUCAGGACUCUAAAUAAAAUCUAAAAUAUUUGUAUCCCGCUUUUCUGCCUGACAGUAGACCUCCAAACAGCUUAAACAAAAUAAAAUAAAAUGCACAAUCAGCAUCUUUAAUUAGAAGGCAGUUCUUAUUAAUGAGAGACUACUUAAGGAUGGAUUCAUUUAAACUGUGUGGUGCAGCCACAAGAGGUGUCUUUUUUAGAAUAUAUAUAUAUAUAUAUAUAUAUGAGAGAAUGAUUGGGUGGAACACUCUUAGACCAACCCCUGAGUAGCAGACUGAAAAACAAAAACUGAAAAGCAUUGCAGGCAAGUAAUCCUACCUAGCAAUGUUCCUGGAAUACAGGAAUACAGAUUCCUGGCUUCCUGAGCCUAGAGCCUAUUCUUGCAAAAUGUUGAUAGCACCAGAUGAUCUCAAGGUAAAACAGUCCAUGACCCUGUCACAUGCCAAUAUCCAGGGAUUUUUUUUUCAACUGGAACUCGCCAGAACUCAGGUCCAGCUUCUCUCAGGUGGGUACCAUUGCCAUUCUAAGAGAAUGAGGGAGGUGUUUGUGGUGAGCUCCGGCCCCUCUUUUUCUUGAAAAAUAGCAUUGCCAAUAUCCCAAUGGGUUGGGAAACUGUUAACAUUUUAUAUACUGGAUAUUGGACAUUCUAGAUGUUGGUGGCAAAUGCAUGCAUCUUUUAACAGUACUUUCAAAGCUUCACAAACCGUGUAAGAUAGAUCUGUAUUCUUAUCCCCAUAUUGUAGAUGGUGCACGUCAGGCUACAGUGAUUGGGAACCUGUUGACAUUGUUGUCCUUCAGUUUCCAUCACCUUUUCUCACUGGCCACGGCCAAGUUGAAAUACAACAUCUGAAGGAUCACAGGUUUUCCCAACUCUGGCCUAAGGCAACUUGGAGAGGAAAUUGAAUUCUGGACUUCUUGGUUCAUAGCUAACCAAGUCUACUCAGAAGUGUGUAUAUCAAAUAAAUUGUGAUGUCACACUGAAAAUAAAUGAGCAUGGGGUGUGUCUGCUUUGCAGGACACCCUGUUUAGAUUCAAUAGCACUUAAACGACAAGUGUAAUAGUUCUUAUACUUGAUUGUUGGCUCUGUUUAUUUCUCUGACCGAUAGAGGACCUCAAGGGAUCUUUAUGGGGAGCUGGGCUGCAUAAACCAACCUCCAUUUCUAGACCAUAGGUUUAUGUGUACUAAUGUGCAUAGUCUUAUUAUUCACUAAGCUGCACUACAAAAUUUCACACCUUCUGUAACUAGGUUUCUAAAGACAGUGGGAAGACUUCUUUUUCUUGUUGUUGUUAUAUUUAUUAAAUGUGUAUACCACCCUUCACCUGAAGACCCCAGGGCAGUUGACCUAAAUGCCUACAACCUGCAAAGUCUCAUCCACUUAGCCGCACUACAAAAUCACAGGAGGAGCUGGGGGGGGGGGUGUCUCAGAGCGGUUCACAGAAUAAAAGCAAGAUGUAAAACCACAAAAUAUGUAAUAAGAAUAAAAACAAGAACCCAAUAGCCGCCCCCGCCCCCCCAAACACACAUUUUAAAAGGGCAUAGGAUGUAAAUCUGAUCAACCAAAGGCCUGUUUAAAAAGGAACAAGAAGGAUUACUUAUUCAAUCUGUAUACCACCCUUCACACAGGGCCAGAUUUAGGUUUGAUGAGGCCCUAAGCUACUGAAGGUAAUGGGGCCCUUUAUAUGUCCAGCUGUCCUGUGUCAACAACAAAUUGUCGCUAUUUUUUGUGUUGAAUGUAUGCUAUAUGGUAAUUUAUGGACCAAAUAAGCAUCCAAAGCCAUUUGCACAUAACAAAACAUGUAUUUUAUCGAAGUAAUUGUUCAACUGAAAUACAAUUAAGAAAAACCUCAGAUAUGCAGAUGACACAACCUUGAUGGCAGAAAGUGAGGAGGAAUUAAAGAACCUUUUAAUGAGGGUGAAAGAGGAGAGCGCAAAAUAUGGUCUGAAGCUCAACAUGAAAAAAACUUAAGAUCAUAGCCACUUGGCCCAUCACCUCCUGGCAAAUAGAAGGGGAAGAAAUGGAGGCAGUGAGAGAUUUUACUUUCUUGGGCUCCAUGAUCACUGCAGAUGGUGACAGCAGCCACGAAACGCCUGCUUCUUGGGAGAAAAGCAAUGACAAACCUAGAUAGAAUCUUAAAAAGCAGAGACAUCACCUUGCCAACAAAGGUCCGUAUGGUUAAAGCUAUGGUUUUCCCAGUAGUGAUGUAUGGAAGUGAGAGCUGGACCAUAAAGAAGGCUGAUCGCCGAAGAAUUAAUGCUUUUGAAUUAUGGCGUUGGAGGACUCUUGAGAAUCCCAUGGACUACAAGAAGAGCAAACCUAUCCAUUCUGAAGGAAAUCAGCCCUGAGUGGAAGGACAGAUCCUGAAGCUGAGGCUCCAAGACUUUGGCCACCUCAUGAGAAGAGAAGACUCCCUGGAAAAGACCCUGAUGUUGGGAAAGAUGGAGGGCACAAGGAGAAGGGGACGCAGAGGACGAGAUGGUUGGACAGUGUUCUCGAAGCUACCAGCAUGAGUUUGACCAAACUGCGGGAGGCAGUGGAAGACAGGAGUGCCUGGCGUGCUCUGGUCCAUGGGGUCACAAAGAGUCGGACACGACUAAACGACUAAACAACAACAAAUAUUAAUAUUAAAAUUUUCAUUUAAUUUUUUGGGGGGCCCCCAAGAGAGGGGGUCCCCAAGCUAUAGCUUGUUUAGCUUAUACGUAAAUCCGGCGCUGCCUUCACCCCGAGGACCCCCAAGGGCCGCUUCACAAACAGAAGGCGCACCUUUCUUCUCAACGGGUGGUGCAAAUUUCGGCCAAAUAUCCCAGAGUUGGGGGGAGAAGAAAAAAACAACCCCAACACAAAUCCUUCUUGCCAGAGUCUACCCCGGGGGAACCCGUUUCACCCAGAUCCUAAACCCAGCGCGACUUUCUCUCCCGAGGAGCCAAAACCUGCGAGAGAGCGGACGCCUCCCAAAAAGAAAAGAGGCGGCGGCGAAAGCCAACCCAGGCAGGCAGCAUCCUUUUUGGUGGGGAGGAGAGAGAGGAGGGGAAAGCCUGACCCGGGCCUUUGCGCGCGCGCGCGCCGGCAAUGGACCUUCCCAAGGUAAACGAGCGCUGAGCCCGCCUUGGGGGGAGCCGGGGCCGGAUUCUUCUCCCACCCCACCCCGGCCUGGCGGAACCGUCGCGCCGCCCUCUCCUCCUCCUCCUCCUCCUCCCCCCUCGGCUGCCGGCCGCGGCUGCGCGACGUCACUUGUUAUGUCUCCUCCGGCCCGGGCUCUGCUCCGCCGCGGAGAGGCGACGACGACGGCGCGCCGAGAAGCCCGAGCGCAGCAGCAGCAGCAGGAGCAGCACCGCCCGCGGCGGCCCCGACAAGAGUAGGGCCGCCGCCUGCCUGCCUGCCUGCCCGGGACGGGGUAAAACAAGCGAGGAGGAGGAGGCGCCUUGGCCGGCCGAGCCCCGUCCUUGCCCGACCCCCUGAAGGCUUCUCUCACCCCCCAAACCAGCGCCACCCCGCCUCGUGCGCCCCGAAUGAGAUGGUUUCCUGGUUGGGGGGCGAGGCCCUCCCAAAUUAUUUCCACCCCCCAGCCGCCUCCUAGAGACCUUUCUCACUUGGUUCUCCUCAGCACCCCACAAAUACCCAGCUCCCACCUACACACACUGCCUCCCUAAAAUGAUGGGGUGCCCUAUAUUAAAGGGGUGCUUCUUCUUUCCCCCCACCCCAUAUCCGGGUUCCCUCUAGGCGAGUGGGUGUUAUCCUCUCCCCCCCACCCCACCCCACCGCCAUUGUGUCUUUUCAUAAGAAUGAGGGGAUAAUGGGGAAGGGACUCUUUGACAGUAGCAACCAAACUGGGGGUUGUGGUGUUGUUGUUGUUUUGGGGUAUGUGGAUAUCUGCUCCCCCUUUUUUUCCUUCCCUCCAGACGUUUCUCUUUUUUCUCUUUUCUUUUUGUAGGACUGACUUGGCUCUCUCCGCAGAGAGUCAGGAGCCCCCCGCGCGGAGGAAAGAUGUGGCUGAAGCUGUUUUUCCUGCUUCUUUAUUUUCUGGUCCUGUUCAUCCUGGCCAGGUUUUUCGAGGCCAUUGUGUGGUACGAGACGGGCUUCUUCGCCACCCAGUUGGUGGACCCGGUGGCGCUCAGCUUCAAGAAGCUGAAGACCAUUUUGGAGUGCCGGGGACUCGGCUACUCGGGGCUUCUGGAAAAGAAGGAUGUCAGGGAACUGGUUGAGAAGUCAGGUAAGAAAAAAUGUCUGUUCGCUGGCAUUUUAACUUUCGGAAUAGGUCCGUUCCCCCUUUACUGUAUUAAGCAUCUAUAUUGCAAUAACUUCUAUUGUGUACAGUCAUAGAGAGUGUGCAGGGGAAAGGAGUAAUACUAAAUAAAUGUGCUUAAUAAUCUCAGAUGUGACCUCACGCUUUGAAUGCCUUCCAACUUUUUAUGGAGAAUUGCUUAAAUGUGGCAAUGUUUGAAGAAGCACAGGGCAGCAACAGGCUAGCAUGGAAUAUACAACAGAACAGAGAGAUUGGGGGGGCGGGGGGAGUUGUCCAGAUGAAAAUCAUCAGGAACCAUGAUGUAAUAUCUGGCUUUAUCUAAGACAUGCCGGUAAGAAUCAGAAUUUGAAAUGUGGCAUGUGGUGUUUUGACGUGCACCCAAAACUAGCAUGAAAGAUCUUCUACAUUGAUCAGAAAGUGCCUGGCAUUUUGUUAGGACGGGUAACAAGUUAGGUCACAAGUUUAUUAAGAUACUGGCUAUCAGAUUCUCUGCAUGUUUCCUUGGUUGUAAAUCUUACUGGCCUUGAUGCAAGCAAGUGUGCAUAAGUAAUUUAAAACAGCGCAAUUCUAAGCGUGUUUGUUCAGAAGUAAGCCUCAUUGAGCUUAAUGAGGUUUACUCACUUGUAGGUGUGCAUUAAGAUUGUAUCUUUCGUGCAACACAUUGUUCAGAAAAGAAAGGAUCACUGUUUUGCCGAUUAAUUUAAUAUAUGCUUCAGACAAGUAGCAAGGCCUUGUUAUGUAUUCAAGGAAGUAAAAUAAUGUCAGAGAAAUGCAUGGCAAAGGUUUGCCUCAGUGUUAGCUUUUGUUUGCUGAGUGAGAAGUUGAAGGUUUGGCUGCUUCAGAACAAAUAUCUUAUAAAAAAUACCUUAUUGUAAGCAUAUUUCUGACCUGACUGUUAACACCUUCAGAAAGUCAUAUGUCUAUAAAGAUAAUAACAGUGGUGCUCUUUGGUUGAAUAAAUGCUUUGGUCCGCCAAACAGUAAAAAGUGCAGCCAGGUGAGAUAAAUGAGUAAGACUGGCUAAUUGCUUUGUGUACCUGCUUGUACAAACUCUUAUUUUAUGCUAACCAGUGUGCAACCAUCGAAAUCCUCAGCCUUUUGAGAUCAUCUCAAGGAAAUUGUAUCUGAUCUAUGGUUAGCAGCAGGCAUUGGCAAACUUGGCCUUCCAGAUGUUUUGAGACUACAAUUCCCAUCAUCCCUGACCACUGGUCCUGUUAGCUAGGGAUGAUGGAAGUUGUAAUAGAUGAUCCUUGGGGGUUCUUCCAACUCUACGAUUCAGUUUAUUGACCCUCUUCCAGUCCUUUACUAAUCCCAGGCAUUGGUUCAUCUGAAUAUGUUUUGGUUCAUCUGAAUCUGGUGAAAGUGAAUAGUAGAGGUUUGGGGUUCUCAUAAAUCCACUCUACCAAAUUCAAAGUGCUGAAGCUCAGCAUGACAGCCACACACCCCAAAGAGGAUCCAUAGCUGUGCCUCCACAGAUACUCAAAACAUGCAGGAAGCUGUGUUGAUCCAUGGUAUAAUAAAAUGAAUAUACACCCACAAGCAGUGGUACAUAGCAUAAUGCCCACUUAAUUAGGAUUAGAUUGACUGCAAUCCCGAUUGCUUUGUUUCCUGGGAGUAAGAUCCAUUGAAUUCAGUGGUGCUACCCCUUCUGUCUUUGUACAUUCAACUGGUAAAGCACACUGAGCUUUAAGAAAAUAUCUUCAACCAGUUGAUAUGCAUCCUUGCUUGGGAAGAAAAUGAAAAGUUAUCUAGCUGACAUUCUUCUGUUUUGACUUAUCUUGCAACUAUGGCCAUACUCUUGCUCCCCAUAAUUCUCAGUAUAAUAGCACCUUCGUUCUGUACCCCAACCUCCCAUCUUCCUUUCAGAGCUGAAAUGUCAAUGCAUACACAGUCACCCUGAGGUUGGUAAGCACUUCGGUUGUAAUCCUAUACUCAGCUGAGAGUAAAACCCGUUGAACUCAAUGGGGCAUAGUUCUGAGUGGGCAUGUACGGGAUUGCACAGUAAUGUAUUGAGUUGCAGGGAAGCUCUCAGAAGACUACUGGAACAAAACUAAUUUGGUCAUUUAAAAGAAACGGCUCCUUUGUAGAAAUGUCUAAGAUACGAAGUAGAUUAGAAAAGUAAAGAGAGGAAACUACUGAUGAUCUAAACAAAAUACAGAAUCCUAAAGGAAAUUUAAUGUUCAUAUUUGCAGACUUAAGUUAAAUGAGAGUAGAAGGAAAUCUUUUUAGUGCACAUUGAGCUCUUGAAACACCAUACUUGCAUGUGGCUAUCCCCCAUGGGACUUAGACUUAUUUCCAAGUAAAACAGAGUUUUGAGCUGGAAGAAGUUGCCCAUGUGAACAGAAAAGAGCGACACAGUUCCUUCUAUGGAAGAGAGAGCCAGUUUUUAACCAAACUGGAUAGGAAUUGCUUUGGUGAAAACAAGCAAAGCUCUGGUUGUGCAUUUUUCUCCUUUGACUUAGUUUAAGUGUUUGCAUCUUAUAAAAGGUAUGCUAUUGUCAGAAAAUAAAUUUUUAAAAAGCAGAACGUCCCAUAUCAUGAAAAUAGGAUAUUUCAGCACUUAAGCACCAUAUUAGUUUUUGCUCCUACAGGUUGGUUUCUCUUCUGGAAUUUAUCCACCAACGUUUGUAAAAGCGUCAUGGAAUAGCUGGGAUUGAUAGGUGUGCAAUAAUUUUAUACUGCAUAUUUGGCUUUGGCUCAGGCACCUAUCCCUGCAAUGGAAUAACCAACUGGAGCUAUGCUGAAUUUUCACCCCAUACAUUUUUAAGGCAGAAAGCAGGGUUUGGGAGAAGUUUAAUGAACACCUCCUCUCUUGGAUUUUUUUUAAAAAAACACUCUUUCCCGAACAGUUUGCUGCCAUUUUUAAAAGGGGGGGGCGGGGAGCUUAAGUGUUCCUAACCAUCUAGCAGUUACAUUGUCCCAGUGAUAUGAUGCUCUCACCUUGAUUAUCAGAUUGGAUUACAUGAUUGCCUUGGAAAUAAAUCCUUGCUUAAAAGAAGCACUGAGGCUUCAUAUUGAGAAAAUGGUCAGUUGUUAAACGUUUCAGUGCUUCCUACACUCACUCUCAAUGAGUGAACCUGUUUGCUCCAUUUUGCAAGGCUUCCUGCAAAGAAUCACCAAAAUUAGGUGGGGUAUAUUUUUCCGGGAGAAAGUUUUUUUUUGCAGAAUGCUCACACUGCCUUUAUUUCAGCUCGGCGAUCAUAUUCAACCCCUUCCAAGGACCUGCAUGCAGAUUCUUUCUUUUCCCGCUGCGUUUCUGUAGCUUUCAGGCUAAAGAGGGAAUUUCGCAUUACAUGCUAGGGGAAUCCAAACCCCGUGUUGCCUUCUCUGACUCUGGGCAGCCAUUGCUGCAAAUGGGUAAAUUGUGUCAUGGACCUUGCAGACCCAACGACACCAGCUCAAAAGAGGGGUGGUGUAACUACUAGAAAUGGGAGAAUUAGGGAGAGCAGGCUUUUUAAUGGGCCAGUACCCACAAUGGGAGACGCGGGUGGCGCUGUGGGUUAAGCCACAGAGCCUAGGACUUGCCGAUCAGAAGGUCGGCAGUUCGAAUCCCCGCGACGGGGUGAGCUCCUGUUGCUCGGUCACUGCUCCUGCCAACCUAGCAGUUCGAAAGCACGUCAAAGUGCAAGUAGAUAAAUAGGUACCGCUCCGGCGGGAAGGUAAACGGCAUUUCCGUGCACUGCUCUGGUUCGCCAGAAGCGGCUUAGUCAUGCUGGCCACAUGAUCCGGAAGCUGUACGCCGGCUCCCUCGGCCAAUAAAGUGAGAUGAGCACCACAACCCCAGAGUCAUCCACGACUGGACCUAAUGGUCAGGGGUCCCUUUACCUUUACCCACAAUGGGGCUUCCACAUAAUUGCAUUUAAGUUUGAGUGCACUUUGGGUAUAUUAUAUCUCUAAUCAUUGCUAACAACCCUUAAAGGUUAUUUACCCUGUAUUUUGGUAGCAGAGGAAUGGGGACUGGGGCUCUGAGAUCAGUGGCCAGCGACCAUCCGAUGAGGUUUGAGUUGGAGACAUGCACUGUUGGCAGUUAUGCUGCCCCAGCCCUCAAGGUUUUGGAUUGCUUCAGGUGCAGCAAUAUAUUGUUUGCCUUAUUUUAUCAGGCAUUUGCAGGAACUCUUCAGUCCUUCAUAAACUGAAGGGCUGCCUAUAAAGCUUUGGGCUGGUUUACAUAAAUGGUCUGCUUUAAUUAAAGUUAGAAUAAAUAUUUCUCUUUACUGUAUUUUCUGGCGUAUAAAACUACUUUUUAACCCAGGAAAAUCUCAAAAGUCGGGGGUCGUCUUAUACGCCGGCUACAGCAGCAGCUCCUGCAGCAACUCCCCACCAAAGGAUAAAAUGACAGCAAAUUAAAUCUGAGGACACCAAGCUCUCUAGAUAAAGCAGAAAUACGCUUGCAAAUUGGCCCCAGAAGCCGCCAACCACUGGGAAGUGGAGCGGAUUUCUGAGCUGGACUGGAGACUGGUUUUUUAAAUUUUUAUUUGGUGUGCGUUGGAAGAGGGGUAGUCUUAUACGGCGAGUAUAUCCCAAACUCUAUAUUUUAACUGGAAAAGUUGGGGGGUCAUCUUAUACGCUCAGUCGUCUUAUACGCCGGAAAAUACGGUAGGUGUUCCAACUAAUUGUAUUUUACAUGACCUUCCCCCACUAUGCAACUGAGUGGCAUUUUAACUCAAAUUGAAAGCAUUGGCAAUCUUUAUCACUUUGAAGUUUGCUUUACAAGCAGCAUAUGUUGUAUGUUCGUAGAUUUUCCUCUUAAAAAGUAGUUAGGCGUCUCCCAACAAUAUCUAUUCUGCUGCUGUUCCGGAAUCCUUUUGGCGAUUGUGACCUUUGGCAUUUACUGUAAUCAGUGUUCCUUUGUUUGUUUACAUAGGAGACCUGAUGGAAGGCGAACUUUAUUCUGCUCUCAAGGAAGAGGAAGCCUCUGAGUCUGUUUCCAGCACAAACUUCAGUGGGGAAAUGCACUUUUAUGAGCUGGUAGAAGAUACGAAGGAUGGUAUCUGGCUAGUGCAGGUAUUAAAUACAUUAUUUUUAACAGUGAAACGAGCCCCUGAGUUGGUUCACAUUUCAUGUAGUGUACUUAUCCCAAAGGCGCAGUGUGUGGUAUACAUGAAGAUGAUGCUAUAUUGCUGCCCACUCAGAUGGGCAGUAAAAUUAUUAUUAUUAUUAUUAUUAUUAUUAUUAUUAUUAUUAUUAUUACACAACUAAAGCUGCAAUCCAAAACACAUUUUCUGGAAAGCCUGCCCCCUUGAAGCAAGACUUGCUUCGCAAUAGACAUACAGUGGUACCUCAGGUUAAGUACUUAAUUCGUUCCGGAGGUCCGUUCUUAACCUGAAACUAUUCUUAACCUGAAGCACCACUUUAGCUAAUGGGGCCUCCUGCUGCUGCCGCGCCGCCGGAGCACAAUUUCUGUUCGCAUCCUGAAGCAAAGUUCUUAACCCGAGGUACUAUUUCUGGGUUAGCGGAGUCUGUAACCUGAAGCGUAUGUAACCUGAAGUGUAUGUAACCCGAGGUACCACUGUACUUAAAAUUGGGCUGCAAAUGUCAUGGCUUUGCUUUGAGUAAGUAGAAUCUGUACUACUCAUCUAGGAUCAAAGAGAUGCCAUUCUUGGUUUUCCACUAAGUUGUUGCACAUGAAAAGAGGCUAGCUGCUUGAUCCUGUGCGCAUUUACUAGGGAGUAAGUCCCAUUGAAUUCAGUGAGUUUUGCUCCCAGGUAAAUGUACAUAAAAUCGCUGAUAAGGUGUUCGUCAACUCCAGUCAAUCAUUCAAGGCCUUUCAUUUUUAUAUCACCGUUUGCUUGUGCUGUUUCACAUUUCCCUGUGCAUCCUGCCUCAGUAACAGCUUUUCCUCUGGAUUAUUCUUCACAAUUGGUUUCCCCAUUUUAAUGAGGUGCAAGGGGUUGUAUAGCACAAAUGAGCCAGUGUGAAUUCGCAUUACAGUGAACUUUUCCUCCUUGUCUCACAUCCACUGAGUUGGAGAUAUGUUUGUUGUGGAAUUCUGUUCUGUCCCUGUAAAUGGGUAUUAGCGCAAGGUUUUUUUAGCUGCUGGCUUUAAGUUGCCUUUUUCUAGGGUGGCAGCUGGGUCACACAAAAUCAGUAUUACCUAAAAGCAUCCAAGCGCCAUAUUUCACUCAAGACGCUUCGAAAAGAUGUUUUGUCGCAAACCUUUACAAAACGUUUCUGAUGGUAAUAAUGCAAACACCAGCACCCUGUGAGGUAUGAUGCAUACUUUACUCCUUCCUAAAGGUAAAGGGACCCCUGACCAUUAGGUCCAGUCGUGACCGACUCUGGGGUUGUGGUGCUCAUCUCGCUUUAUUGGCCGAGGGAGCCGGCGUACAGCUUCCGGGUCAUGUGGCCAGCAUGACUAAGCCGCUUCUGGCGAACCAGAGCAGCGCACGGAAACGCCAUUUACCUUCCUGUCGGAGCGGUACCUAUUUAUCUACUUGCACUUUGACGUGCUUUUGAACUGCUAGGUUGGUCAGGAGCAGGGACCGAGCAACAGGAGCUCGCCCCGUCGUGGGGAUUCGAACCGCCAACCUUCUGAUCAGCAAGUCCUAGGCUCUGUGGUUUAAGCCACAGCGCCACCCACGUCCCUUUUACUCCUUCCUACCUCCACCCUAAACCAGUCUUCUUCCAUCUACAUUGGCUAGUGGUACUUCAGGUGAAGCUUAUAAAAUAACCAUCCUUCCCAACACCUGAACAGUGUUAUUUUAAGAUUCCGCUGCAUUAUGUCAUUCUGGCUAUAACAGUGUAGGAAAGGUUUGUGGCUUAUUGCCUUUUCCUGCUUUUCAAUGUAAGAAAAUUGCAGCAGCAGAAGACACAGGGCACCUGAAACACUCAAGAUGGAAUGCUGGCAAGGCAUGAUUUUUCCAGUUUUAUUUCUAUCUUGUCUUUCAUGAAGAUGAAGCAACUGAAAUAGGGAGAGGGCUUCCCGUUUUCUUACGGUCCUUUCGUCAUUUACAUGCUUAGAGAGACUCUUUAGUGUUAUUAUGGCACAUUUCAAUUUUUCUUUUCAGUGUACCUCAUGUGCAGAUAACUUUAAUUUACACUGUACUGGAGGGCAUCUUUGUUCAUAGUUUUAUAAACCCAUUUUUUAUUGCUCCAUUUCCUUCUGUAGUGCAUUCCUUCGCAAAAGGCCCUCUCAGAUGCAGGUUGCUAGCAAAAAGUUGGGAAGUUUUGGAAAUCUGGGAGAUUCAGGAUGGGACAAACACCUUUGCACAAGCUCAUGGUUAAAUUAUGGAAUGUACUAUCACAAGAUUUGGCAAUGGCCACCAAUUUAAGGCAGCUUUAAAAGGAGAUUAGGCAAAUUUGUGUAGGGUAAGUUAUCUGUGGCUCUGAGUUGCGAUGGUUGAGAGACCUGGUGGCAUGACGCUAAAAUGCAUGUCUUGUUUGUGGUCUUCCCAUCUGGUUGGCCACUGUAGGAAACAAGAUUCUGGGCUAGUUAAGCCUUUCGUCCAGUCCAGCAGGGGUUGCCUUGUGUUCUUAAUGCUGUUAGCGCAGUCCCCAGUGUUCAAAAAGUAAUGAAAAUAGCACUGAGUUCCCCACCAUUCCAUUCAUAAAAUUGAUGCUACCAUGCAUUUGCUGGCAGGCUGUCAGCAUGCCAACAGCCCCUCAGGAGACAGCAAGGUGGACUGAAGCCCAGAACACUCUUCUUACGGGUUGGGGAUACACUGCAAUAUUUUGUUGCAGGUCCCACUAUUUUUUAAAAAAAUAAUUAUACCUGUGUGCAUAGUCGUGUUUUGUGGGCCUAUACCUGAAAUCAUUUCUACUGUGUAAGGAAAAGGUAAAGGGACCCCUGACCAUUAGGUCCAGUCGUGGCCGACUCUGGGGUUGCGGCGCUCAUCUCGCUUUACUGGCCGAGGGAGCCAGCGUACAGCUUCCGGGUCAUGUAGCCAGCAUGACUAAGCCGCGAACCAGACCAGCACACAGAAACGCCGUUUACCUUCCCGCCGGAGCGGUACCUAGUUAUCUACUUGCACUUUGCUGUGCUUUUGAACUGCUAGGUUGGCAGAAGCAGGGACCGAGCAACGGGAGCUCACCCUGUCACGGGGAUUCGAACCGCCGACCUUCUGACCGGCAACCCCUAGGCUCUGUGGCUUAACCCACAGUGCCACCUGCGUCCCUUUCUACUGUGUACAGAACAGCAAAACCUCCUUGAUGCUCCCAUUUCCCCUAUAUUUUAAUGUGGCAGCUCUUUGCCAUCAGGAUAGUAUAACUUUUGAGAUGCUUAGAACUGGGAUAGCAGCAACUGUUGAGCUUUUAGUUCUAAAAUACCUUCCCUUCACACAGCAGUGGGACGUGCUUCUGAGGGAUCGGGAUGAAAAUUUCCCAAGUUUAAAAACCAGAGAAGCAUUCACUUUGCAAAACUUCACUUCGCAAUAGCGUGCAACUAGAACACUGUGUAGCAAGCUGAAAAGAAUCAUAGAAUCAUAGAGUUGGAAGAGACCACAAGGGCCAUCGAGUCCAACCCCCUGCCAAGCAGGAAACACCAUCAGAAAAAGUUCUGCAAAUAAUUAACUGGCUGUAACAGUAGAUCUGUUUUCCUCCCAUUUAUAAAUGAUGCCUUUCUGUUGGGAAACUUCAUUCAGUGCAAAGAAUAAAACUGCAGUGGUAUUCAACUGGCACAAUGACAGUUGACUGACACCUAAUGUAGCUUUUGGAAUGGUGACCGAAGAGGCAAACAUUUGUUGAUUCUUUUUAUGUUAAAACACAUUGUCCUCUUAACAGCCUUGUGGCGUUGUUUUUUUCUAUUCUGGAGAGAGAUGUAAUCAUGGCUUUUCGGGAUGUUGAACUUUCUGGAUGUAGUGUUGGUUUCUCUGUGUUCUGGUUUGCGUUCUCCAUUCCUGCUAAGCCAUUUUAGCAGCAGCGGCAAUUCAUCCAGAAGAACUCUUUGCAAGGUCGGGACGCAUUUCACUCUGCAUCAAAUGAGAGAUCUAAAAGGAAGUCUUAAAAUCAUUACUCGACCAAUCAGCUUUCAAUCACGUGACACAUUCCUAAAAUAAUCAAAAAGUAUGUGGAACCUGCAGGGCACAGUGACUCAUGCAUGAUCAGUCAUGUCAUUUAAAUUGCCUGUAAGGCAGAGCAAACGCCUGCCUUUCAUCCUCCCCACUCUUCUGCUUUUAUCAAUCCACAUUCCCAAGUGGAUGAUAAUCUGUAUUAAUAUUAUACUAAGGGACAAUUUAGGCAGAAGCUGCAGUUUAUCGCUGUGUGAACAAGCCAUUACAGCAAGCCUUGGGCUUGCACACUCCUCCUGGUUUCCUCUGGCACGUGCCAGAAAUAUCCACGUUUGGUUUUAAAGCAGCCUGAAUUCCCCAUUACGUCCAAAGUUGGGAAGCUAUGGUUGGUUAGCUGGUGCCUUAGCCAGGGCUCUUCAGGCUUUUCGGACUGGCGAGCACAUUUUGUUGUUGUUAGUGGUGUUAGCCGCCCUGAGCCCGGCUUCGGCUGGGGAGGGCGGGAUAUAAAUAAAAUUUAUUAUUAUUAUUAUUAUUAUUAUUAUUUUGAGUUUUGAGAAAGUGCCGCGAGCAGCAGUCGCAAAUUGACUUCCGUGGGGAGCAUGGCAUAACACGGCUGCCAUGGGGUGUGGCAUUGCACAGAAUUAAAGAAAAUACCGUCAUCGCUGCUCCCCACGCAUCUCAAAUAGCCUCAGGCUUACCAAGGGAUGUCAGCUAUGUCCUGCUGGCCCUGGCUGCAGAGAUAAAGUGUUACUGUUUUCUAAAAUACUAGGUGCUUAAUUUUAAAAAAUGAAAAGCAAGAAUUUGAGGUUUAUAUGGUUCAUCCCAGAAGCACCAAAGAAGGCCAGAAUUAUAAAUCAGUGUUUGAUCCUGGUUUGUUUGAAAUAAUAAUAAUAAUAAUAAUAAUAAUAAUAAUAAUAUUUAUUAUUUGUAUCCCGCCCAUUUGGCUGGGUUUCCCCAGCCGCUCUGAGUAGCUUCCAAGAAAGACAAAAAAUACACUAAGAUGUUACACAUUAAAAACUUCCCUGAACAGGGCUGCCUUAAGAUGUCUUCUGAAUGUCAGGUAGUUGUUUUUCUCUUUGACAUCUGGUGGGAGGGCGUUCCACAGGGCGGGCGCCACUACCGAGAAGGCCCUCUGCCUGGUUCCCUGUAGCUUGGCUUCUCGCAGCGAGGAAACCGCCAGAAGGCCCUCGGCGCUGGACCUCAGUGUCUGGGCAGAACAAUGGGGGUGGAGACGCUCCUUCAGGUAUACUGGGCCGAGGCCAGAGCUCAAGAGAGUUUGAGAGUUCAAAACCAGACUUCUCUACCCAGGGACUCCAACUCCCACCAGCCCCAGCUUGAUCAUAUCCAAUGGUCAAGGAUAAUGGGAGUCAGUGUCCAGAACAUCUGGUGGGCAGCAGGUUAAGGAAAGCUGGUGUAAAAUAACCACACUUCCUGAGAUUGUCAAGUCAUCUUCAUUGGAAUCUUUUGAUCUGCUCCUUACAUGUGAAUGGCAAGAGCAUGUGAGACCGAGGCUCAGGCUCAGUUUGGUUUAUGAACAUAAUGCUAAGCUAUGUUUUAGUGUUAGCAUCUGAAGUGGUCCUUAUUUAUCCUGCAGUAACUUGUUCCAUCAGGACAUCUUAAAUGGUAUUCCUGUAUUGGUCACACAGGGUUAUUAAAUAUUAUUGCUGCUAUUUACUUAUUUACUUUGUAAGCUGUUUAGUGGUUUGGUAAUGUUAAGCAGUCUAUAAAUUGAUUAGAAAAACAAUUUCCCCAGCUUUUCUGUUGUGUUUGCUGCAGCAAUAUUUUUUUUACAAUGUUUUAGCUAUGUGCAUAGCUGUCAACGUUUCCCUUUUUUAAAGGGAAAUUCCCUUAUUCUGAAUAGGAUUCCUCGCAAGAAAAUGGAAAAGUUGACAGCUAUGGCUAUGUGGUGGUAUUAUUUCACAGUUCCGUUGAAAUUUUGAACGCCCUACCAACAAAAUUGACAAUGAAAUUCUAAAAUCCUAGCUUGAAAUAGUUUAUGUAACAGAUUAUACUUGCAAUAACAGGCAGUUUAAUUCAUGGCCUAUCACAGAUAUUCUAGGUUUCCCCAGUUUUUUCAGACCUUCACAUUUGCAUACAUGAGAAAUCGGCUCACAUGCAGUGCUCGAAACUCCCAUUGUUCUAGGCACAUUUUGCUACAGGAAUUUCAUUAGCGCAAGCAGUUUCUGAGCUCUGGGUGCAGUACCGCGCCUAAGAUUUCAGAUUAAAACUUCAGAGUGGAAGGAAAGGAGGACCUUUUUUUGCCUCCCCACUUCCAGCUACUCUCUGAAGACUGGAGAAGAGACCCUCUUAAGGAUAUAGGGGGCUGGUCAGGGGAAGGACUAGACCCAUGUGAAAACUGAACAUCAUAUUUUAGCUGCAGUUCAUUCAUUUUCAGCUAUGUAUUCUUGUUAUUAAAAAAGCAUGCCUAGACAGUCCAUUGUAGCGCCCAUAACCUAGAUUUAAGGUGCCAUUUAGCUGCUAGCUUUCAUAUCUCAGUUUCUCACACUCCUCAUAUGCAUGGAGCAUUCCUGCAGUGGGCUUAUGGAGAAUUCUGUGAGACGUAUUUAAUAGAUGGUCACAUGGCCAUUCAAGAGAAACCUACAUGGAUAACUUGUUUGUACAAGUUGUGUUCAAAUGUAUGUGUGAGCAAGAAUUGCGCCAGGGAUUAUUCUGUGGCUACAAACCGUUAAAGAUUUUCCAAAUUGGUUCUGAAUGUGCCUCGUGAAAGAUUUGCAGAACUCUGCGUUUCAGUUCUUCCCGGGUUUUUGACAUGAUAGAGAUUUAUUGCUGAUUGCUAGGAUCACAAAGUGUGCAUGUUGACCAAUUGGCUUCUUUAAAAAACAAGAAACGCAAAGCAGUUCUUUGGAAUCAUGUGUGGCAAGGUCCCAUUGGGCACAAGUAUAAGGUUCCCAGAUGUCCCCGUUUCCCGGGGACAGUCCCCGGAUUUAUUUGAAAUUUGAAAUACUUUAUUGUCACUUGUACAACUUGUAUACAGUGAGAUUACACAAGCACCCCCCACUCAGAUCUCUUAGUCUUAAUUCCCCUCGUUUACUGACGCACACCCCCCAAACCCAAAAGUCAGUUGCCCUGUUGUUAUCUUUUCAUUCAGCAGCCUAACAGCCCACGGAUAGAAGCUGUUCUUUACCCUGUUGGCGCGACUAAUCGUGCUUCUAUAGGGCAGGAGAUCAAGAAAGUGCCGGCCAGGGUGUGAAUCAUCCCUGAGAAUUUCCCUCACUCUUCUUGAGGCAACGUUCUUCUGCUAUUUCAUCCAGCAGAUUCACGGGACAGCCCAUAAUAUCUUGUGCUGUAUUCACCACCCUCUGUAGGCACUUCCUAUCAGUUGAUGUCAAACCAGCGUACCACACCAUGAUGCAGUAUGAAAGGACACUUUCUAUUGUUGACCGGUAGAAGGAGAUCAUCAAAUGUUGAUUGACAUUGUUCUUCCGCAAUACUCUGAGGAGAUGGAGUCUCUGUUGGGCUUUCUUAACCACCUGGGUUGUAUUUAUUUUCCAAGUAAGGUCUUCACUGAGAUAAACUCCUAGGAAUUUAAAGGAAGAGACUCUCUCCACACAGCCCUUCCCGAUGUACAGUGGGGCUAGUUCUCCUCUCUUCCUCCAAAAGUCCAACGCCAUCUCCUUUGUCUUGCUGAUAUUAAGGUGCAAGUUGCUCCCUAGGCACCAUGUAGAUAUUUUUUGGACCUCCCCUCUAUACGCUGAUUCGUCUCCACCUGUUAUUAAACCCAUUAUGGUGCUGUCAUCUGCAAACAUAAUAUUUGCAGUAGACGUGCCAGAUGAUAUACAAUCGUAUGUAUACAAUGAAUACAGGUAGGGACUUAGCACACAUCCCUGAGGUGUGCCAGUGCUGAUUUUUUAAGGAAUUGGAUGUUACAUGUCCAAUCCUGAUUUACAAAUUUACUGAUUUACAAAUCAGUCCUCUGACAAAAUCUAUCUACAGUGGUACCUCGGGUUACAAAUGCUUCGGGUUACAAACUCUGCUAACCCAGAAGUAGUACCUCGGGUUGCGAACUUUGCCCCAGCGUGAGAACGGAAAUUGUGCAGCGGCAGCAGGAGCCCCCAUUAGCGAAAUCGCACCUCAGGUUAAGAACGGUUUCGGGUUAAGAACGGACCUCUGGAACAAAUUAAGUUCGUAACUCGAGGUACCACUGUAUUUAGUAGGAAGUUGAAAAGUGUCCCCGGAUUCAUUGAAAAAAAUCUGGUAACCUUACACAAGUAACUACCCAUGGACUCUGGCUUUUGUUCCACAGUAAGUGCCUUUCCCUGAUUAUUCACCCCACCCCACCCCCGGCAGAGUUAAACUUAGAACUUUCUUGGGUAAACUCUAGUAACGUUGGUGAUAAGCAUUUUUACAGCGGGAACAUAUGGGUUUGGUUUUUCACAAAUGGAAGCGUUCUCAGAAGCCACUGUGGUGAUGUCUAAAAGUAAAAAACUUGAAUAGAAGUAUAAAAAUAAAAAUAAAUAAUGAAAAGUCAUGCACAAACCAGUUUGCUACAUGGUGCUCUUUAAAUGUGUAGCUGCUCAUACAAAGUUUUUUUAUUACUGUUUGAAAAACAGGUCAUAGCAAACGAUAGAAGCCCUCUAAUGGGAAGAGUCCACUGGGAGAAAAUGGUGAAGAAAGUCUCGCGGUUUGGUAUACGAACAGGCACUUUUAACUGCUCCAGUGACCCCAGGUAUGUUCUUGAAGUUGUUGUAGUGGGUUUUGCCUCUAUAAUGUGGUACCACCUGUAAUGUUGACUGCUUCCUGAACACCCUGUUGAAAAGCAGUAUAGAAAUAUCAGUGUGGUGUAGUGGUUAAGAGCGGUAGUCACGUAAUCUGGGGAACCGGGAUUGUGUCUCCGCUCCUCCACAUGCAGCUGCUGGGUGACCUUGGGCUAGUCACACUUCUCUGAAGUCUCUCAGCCCCACUUACCUCACAGAGUGUUUGUUGUGGGGGAGGAAGGGAAAGGAGAAUGUUAGCCGCUUUGAGACUCCUUAAAGGGAGUGAAAGGCGGGAUAUCAAAUCCAAACUCUUCUUCUUCUUCUUCUUAUUUUCUCACAUAAGCAAUACAGGAAAAGGAGAAGAAAACUGACAAAACGACAAUAUGUGAUAGUAGGUCAUAAUAUAUCGGUACAUAUGCACGAAUAAAAUAUUCACAGUUUCCAUAAACGUAUGAAGAUAAUUCCUAUAGAUUAGGCAAUAUUAAAAUAUUGUUAAUGCAGAAAUAAUUUCUCUGUUCACUGGCUUUGCUCAAUAGCCAGCAAUGGCAGCAGAAAAUUCCUGAAUGACUCACAUGCUCCUCUUCCUUGCUUCUAGACCCCAAUGGAAUGGGGGUUGUAUGUUUUCUCUGUGUCUAAAUUCAUGUCGUGAAUUGGUAGAAGAGCAGCCCUAAUUAUAAUUUCACGAGCAAUUUCAUGAGCAGCUCUGCUACUGUAUUCGAUUUCAGACAGUUUCGCUCGCAGUGGUUAAAAGACCGUGCUGAAAUUCCUAAUUGCCUGCUACGGAAUACGAAUUUCUCCAUUUCAUAAUACACAAAGAAGGUUGUGAUCCCUGUUCAAGUUGCUGGAUGUUUGCUGCUUCUACUGCAAACAAAAUGCUUCUAUAUAGAUGUUCAUCACAUCUGCAAAUGUUUGCAAGACCUAUUUAAUUCUGGAGUGCUUAAGUUCAGUGCGGCAAAUCAGAGUGAAAACUGUUUCUUUUUCAAACAUUCCUUGAUUUUACCCAAUGUUUUCAUUGUAGAUACUGCAGGAGAAGAGGCUGGGUGAGAUCCACGUUAAUUAUGUCCGUUCCACAAACUAGUACGUCCAAAGGCAAAGUGAUGCUUAAAGAAUACGGUGGGCGUAAAAUCGAGACGGAGCAUAUUUUCAAAUGGAUAACAGCCCAUGCAGCUUCCCGGAUCAAAACAAUCUUCAAAUCGGAACACUUGAAGGAAGAAUGGAACAAAAGUUAUCAGUAUAGGGUGAAAAUAUACCUAUUUGCAAAGUUAGACCAGCCUCCAGCUUUCUUCUCUGCACUAAGUGUAAAGUUUACUGGCAGAGUUGAGUUUAUUUUUGUGAAUGUAGAAAACUGGGACAACAAGAGUCACAUAGCAGAGAUGGGCAUCUAUAAGACACCAUCCUACAUACUUAGAACUCCCGAAGGAAUUUACAGGUAUGGGAAUAAUACUGGUGAAUUUAUUUCCCUCCGUGCCAUGGACUCCUUCUUGCGUUCCUUACAGCCAGAAGUUAAUGAUUUAUUUGUUUUAAGCCUGGUAUUAGUUAACUUAAUGGCUUGGAUGGACCUAUUUAUCACUCAGGGUGCUACUAUCAAGCGCUUCGUUGUUCUCAUAAGCACUUUAGGGACCUAUAAUUCUCUACUAAUUAUUUCUUGGCUACCAGUCUUGGGGUUUUUGCAGUUACCUUAUUUAGACAGUUUCUAUGAAUACAGUUUAAAACUCUUCCGGUAUUCAAAUACAACAGCCCUAGCCUCAUGGGUGAGAGCUGACUGGAUAUUUUACUCGUCUCACCCUGCCUUGUUCCUCAGCACGUACCUAGCCCAUGGGUUAUUAAUAGAUUACUUUGAGAAAAAGAGACGGCACAAUAACAACAGCGACGAAGUAAAUGCCAACAACCUAGAGUGGUUAUCUAGCCUUUGGGAUUGGUACACUAGCUAUCUGUUCCACCCUAUCACUUCGUUUCAGCGCUUCCCCUUUGAAUCUGAUUGGGAUGAAGACCCAGACCUGUUCCUUGAGCGCUUAGCUUUCCCCGAUUUGUGGCUCCACCCCCUGAUACCAACCGAUUACAUUAAAAACUUGCCCAUGUGGCGAUUUAAAUGCGCCGGCGGGCAUUCCGAAGAGGAGAUGAUGGAGCUCUCUCAAAGCGAAAGCGAGUCGGAUAGCGAAUGCAAAGAUGCCUCGAGAAGCGGCCGGGCAGUAGCCGAGGACGAGCAAAGCGCCCUUCAGAGCCCUUGCGAAGGGGAGCCCUCUUGCAACGGCGAGACCUGUUCGUGUGCCAAAGCCAGGUCAUAUGGCUCACAAAGCUCCACGGAAGAUACGGAGCCCGAUUGGUCCGUCUGGCCUGCUGGUAUGUUGCACUGUACGGAAUGUGUCGUGUGUCUAGAGAAUUUCAGAAACGGAUGCUUGUUAAUGGGUUUACCGUGCGGCCACGUCUUUCACCAGAAUUGCAUUGUGAUGUGGCUGGCCGGAGGUCAGCACUGCUGCCCGGUUUGUAGAUGGGCCUCUUACAAGAAAAAGAAGCCAUAUCCACGUCAGCAGCUGUUGUCAAACCAUAGCCCAUCUUAGGUGUGUGCUGAUAACGUCCUUUGUAACCUUCCUACAUAUUUACUGCUUGCCAUUUAAAUGUUAGUCACAAAACAGACCUUGUGGUUUAAAAGUUUUAGUUUAAAUGUUAGUGCAGUGAAGUAAAAAAUAAACAUGAUGCUAAUGUCGAUGACAGAAUCAUUUGGUUGCCUUGUAUGUUGAAAUAAUGAAUACGUAUUGUACAACGACACCUUUCCUUUUACAGCAUUUGGAAGUUUUAAAAAGUUAACAUUUUUCGUUUGCUUUUUUUCGUAAGCACAAAAAUCAUAUAUAUUUGUCAACAAAAGUAUAUUUCAGGAAAUGUUUUAACAUGGCAGGAUAGGAUAUGGGUGAACAUGGAAAUUUUAACAUACAAUAAUUGUUUUAUUUAAAUGUUUCUUCUUUUAGAGUUUGUUCAGCACACCUUUGUUGAAUGAUGUAUGGUCUGUGAGAAUACAUUUAAAAACAAAUCCAUGAAAAUAAAUUAUUUUAAAAGAAGGUUAAUAAUUUGUCCUAUCAAUCGUUCCAAUGGCGUUUUUGUACCUGUGCUUCACUUGGUCUUCAACUCAAAAUAUAAUUUUACUUCUU